ACUGCCUCCUACAUUCUUUAGACAACAGCCACUAUUCUGUCUUUCCUUAUUUUUCUGUUCUUUUGUUGUCUCUUUUAGUAGGCCAAUAUGGAGGACGAAGAGGCCUAUUAAAAGAGACUUAUCUCCACUUCUUCAAGUUUCUUCCUCCAGUAAGAACAAAAUAAUUCUUCUAAGAGAAGAAAAAGGAGAGCUUUUGUUUAAAGUUUUCAUUUCUUUGGAGCUCUCUUAUUUCUUCUUAAUUCAAGUUUUCUUGUUUCUGUCAUUUAACCAUGGCCGACAUUUCCUUGGAAGAGAUUAAAAAUGAAACUAUUGAUCUUGAGAAAAUCCCUAUUGAAGAAGUUUUUCAACAGCUGAAAUGUACAAAAGAGGGGCUGACCACAGCAGAAGGUGAGAAAAGGCUUGAAAUCUUUGGACCCAACAAACUAGAGGAGAAAAAGGAAUGUAAAUUUCUCAAGUUCUUGGGUUUUAUGUGGAAUCCUCUAUCAUGGGUCAUGGAAUCAGCUGCUAUCAUGGCCAUUGUUUUGGCUAAUGGAGGUGGCAAGCCACCGGACUGGCAAGACUUUCUUGGUAUUAUUGUAUUGCUCAUCAUCAAUUCCACCAUCAGCUUUAUUGAAGAAAACAAUGCAGGAAAUGCUGCUGCUGCUCUCAUGGCGGGUCUUGCCCCUAAAACCAAGGUGUUGAGGGACGGAAAAUGGAGUGAGCAAGAUGCAGCAAUUUUGGUUCCAGGAGACAUGAUUAGUAUCAAGUUGGGGGAUAUCAUCCCAGCUGAUGCUCGUCUCAUGGAAGGUGAUCCGCUCAAGAUUGAUCAAUCUGCUCUUACAGGUGAAUCCCUUCCUGUCACCAGGCAUCCUGGUGAUGAGAUUUUCUCUGGUUCAACUUGCAAACAAGGUGAGAUUGAAGCUAUUGUUAUUGCCACUGGUGUUCAUACCUUCUUUGGAAAAGCAGCUCACCUUGUUGAUAGCACCAACAAUGUUGGUCACUUCCAGAAGGUGUUGACAGCCAUUGGUAACUUCUGUAUAUGCUCAAUUGCAGUGGGUAUGCUGAUUGAAAUUGUAAUCAUGUACCCAAUUCAGCAAAGGAAGUACAGAGAAGGUAUUGACAACCUUUUGGUACUUCUCAUUGGAGGUAUUCCAAUUGCCAUGCCUACAGUCUUAUCAGUGACAAUGGCCAUUGGGUCUCACCGCCUGUCACAACAAGGUGCCAUCACCAAAAGAAUGACUGCCAUUGAAGAAAUGGCUGGGAUGGAUGUUUUAUGUAGUGAUAAAACUGGGACUCUUACCCUCAACAAGCUUACUGUCGACAAGAGCCUUAUUGAGGUAUUCGCCAAGGAUGCUGACAAGGAGACUGUUGUAUUACUUGCUGCCAGGGCUUCCAGAACAGAAAACCAGGAUGCUAUUGAUGCUUCAAUUGUUGGGAUGCUGAGUGACCCCAAGGAGGCUAGAGCAGGACUUACUGAAGUGCAUUUCUUGCCAUUCAACCCGGUGGAAAAGCGCACAGCUAUCACUUACUUUGACGACAAUGGUGACUGGCACAGAUGCAGCAAAGGGGCACCUGAGCAAAUUAUUGAUCUAUGUGAGCUCAAGGGAGAGAUGAGGAAGAAAGCCCAUGAAAUUAUUGACAACUUUGCUGAUCGUGGCCUUCGUUCUCUUGGCGUUGCUCGUCAGACUAUUCCAGAGAAGACCAAAGAAAGCGCUGGAACACCAUGGGAGUUUGUGGGUCUUUUGCCUCUUUUCGAUCCUCCAAGGCACGACAGUGCAGAGACUAUUCGCCGGGCUCUUGACCUUGGUGUCAAUGUUAAGAUGAUCACUGGUGACCAGCUUGCUAUAGGCAAAGAGACCGGACGAAGACUUGGCAUGGGCACUAACAUGUAUCCUUCAUCCUCCCUUCUUGGUGAUAGUAAGGAUGGGUCAGUUGCUGGAAUUCCAGUGGACGAGCUCAUUGAGAAGGCUGAUGGAUUUGCUGGAGUCUUUCCUGAGCACAAGUAUGAAAUUGUUAAGAAGCUCCAAGAGAGGAAACACAUUUGUGGUAUGACAGGAGAUGGUGUAAAUGAUGCCCCUGCAUUGAAGAAGGCAGAUAUUGGUAUUGCUGUGGCAGAUGCAACUGAUGCUGCCAGGAGUGCCUCAGACAUUGUUUUGACAGAGCCAGGAUUGAGUGUGAUUGUUAGUGCUGUGCUAACAAGCAGAGCCAUCUUCCAGAGGAUGAAGAACUACACAAUCUAUGCUGUUUCCAUCACAAUCCGUAUCGUGAUGGGAUUUAUGCUUGUUGCACUUAUCUGGAAAUUUGACUUCUCACCAUUCAUGGUCCUGAUCAUUGCCAUCCUCAAUGAUGGUACAAUCAUGACCAUCUCCAAGGACAGAGUCAAGCCAUCUCCCAUGCCCGAUUCCUGGAAGCUUAAGGAAAUCUUUGCUACAGGCGUUGUCCUCGGAACCUACAUGGCAAUUAUGACUGUGAUCUUUUUCUGGCUUGCUCAUGACACUGAUUUUUUCCCAGAGAAAUUUGGCGUGAGGACAAUCCGAGAUGAACAUGCUGAGCUUACAGCAGCUCUUUACCUUCAAGUCAGUAUUAUAAGUCAAGCACUCAUCUUUGUUACCCGAUCAAGAAGCUGGUCUUUCCUCGAACGCCCUGGUCUCUUGCUUGUUGGUGCCUUCAUUGCAGCACAGUUGCUGGCUACUGUUAUUGCUGUAUAUGCAAACUGGGGCUUUGCAAAAAUCCAAGGCAUUGGUUGGGGAUGGGCAGGAGUUAUUUGGGUUUAUAGCAUUAUCACCUAUAUUCCCCUUGACAUCCUCAAGUUCAUGAUCCGAUAUGCAUUGAGCGGAAAGGCAUGGGAUAACCUGCUACAGAAUAAGACUGCUUUCACAACCAAGAAAGACUAUGGAAAGGGCGAGAGGGAGGCUCAAUGGGCUAUGGCACAACGAACUCUUCACGGUCUCCAGUCAGCAGAUGGUGUGACUCAUGACAAAUCCAGCUACAAGGAAUUGACAGAGCUUGCAGAGCAGGCUAAGAGGCGUGCCGAGGUAGCUAGGCUAAGAGAGCUUCACACAUUGAAAGGACAUGUUGAAUCAGUAGUGAAGCUAAAGGGUCUUGACAUUGACACUAUCCAGCAACACUACACAGUCUAAGGCGUGCAAAGUUUCUAAGGAAGCAAGGCAAAUAAUAAGGAAAGCUUGAACAAACAAAGUGGGGAUGAUGGAAGACACCAGAGGAUAAGGAAGUUUAAAAAAUAAAAUAAAAAUAAAAAAGCUAAAAAUUGAAAAUGAAGAAGCCAGUUUCAAUCUCCAUAUAUGCUUUUCUUCAAUGUAAUAUUUGUUUUAUUCUUUUUCUUACUCUACGUUAGAGGAGUAAUGUUUACAAGGAUGACAUUUGUUGUAGCUUAUAUAGAAGAGCUAUUAUAUUGACAUAAUAAAUAACUUGGUACUAAAAUUUUGCAUUUUCAAAAUAUUCGCACUUAUUAUUAUUUUU